CAUGUGGUCCGUUACUCCUGCUACGGCGACAGGCGCAAACUGAGCAACAUGUUGAUUCAGUGAGAAGGUCUUCAGACAUCUGUCCUUUUCCUCCCUGUCUCUCUCUCUCUCUCUCUGUCUCUCUCUGUCUCUCUCUCUUCUCUCUCUCUCCCUGUCUGACUCUCCCUGUGUUUCUGUUCUCCUUGCAACACCCCUCACCCAUUGGAAUUUCAGAAUUUGGAAUACGGUCAUUUAGAGAUUGGACCUAGAUGCUUGGUCUGUAAGGGACAGUCUGGCUUUCACGUGUCAGGACUACCUGAAGCUCCAUCCUCCCUUCUCUGUGUGGUGUGUCUCUACCCUCAGGGGAGCCGUGGGUUGACACAGCCCGACUUUUCCGCAUGGACACACCUGCCAGAGAGCCUGUCAAGACACCCACGUCCAGUACCGCAAGGAUGUACCAUCACAGCCUUUAGAGGAUAUCACGGAUAGAGUCAGUCUGGUCUGGGUGUCUAUUAGGCACAAGAGAGCUGGAGACAUUAAAGGGUUCUGUGUGAAAAGCGGAUAGACAAGAGAAGGAGCGAGAUGCCUUUCGGAGGAUUCGCAGGACUGAAGGAGCGGGUGCUGAAGCCAGGAAAGGAAGAGGUGAAGAAUACUGUAGGAGAUUCACUGGGGAACCUGCAGAAGAAGAUUGAUGGGAGUAAUGUGGAUGAGGACCUGGUAGAGCUGACGGAGGAUGGGCGGCCAGUGUCCAUGCCAAAGCGCAGUGCCCCGCUGCUGGACUGCGGCUGCUGUGGGCUGCCCAAGCGCUACAUCAUCGCCAUGCUCAGCGGUCUCGGCUUCUGCAUCUCCUUUGGCAUCCGGUGCAAUCUGGGCGUGGCCAUUGUGGAGAUGGUAAACAACAACACCGUCUACAUCAACGGCACAGCUGUCAUGCAGCCAGCACAGUUUAACUGGGACCCUGAGAUAGUGGGUCUGAUCCACGGAUCCUUCUUCUGGGGUUACAUCGUCACACAGAUCCCUGGAGGCUUCAUAGCCAACAAGUUGGCUGCCGACAGGGUGUUUGGGGCAGCCAUUGUCCUGACCUCUAUACUCAACAUGUUCAUCCCGCAUGCUGCGAGGGUGCAUUAUGGCUGCGUCAUGUUCGUCCGCAUCCUACAGGGCUUGGUGGAGGGUGUCACUUACCCAGCAUGCCAUGGGUUGUGGGCCAAAUGGGCUCCUCCGUUGGAGAGAAGUCGUUUGGCCACCACGUCAUUUUGUGGGUCCUACGCGGGCGCAGUGAUUGCCAUGCCCCUGGCGGGAGUGCUGGUGCAGUAUGUGGGAUGGCCCUCAGUGUUCUACAUAUACGGUGUCUUUGGGAUCCUGUGGUACAUCUUCUGGCUGCUGCUGUCCUACACCAGUCCAGCAUCCCACCCCACCAUCAGUGAAGAGGAGAGGUUAUUCAUCGAGAGCAGCAUCGGGGAUGGAAACAACAUGAUCAGUGCCACUGAGAAAUUCAAGACUCCCUGGCGCAGGUUCUUCACCUCCAUGCCUGUGUACGCCAUCAUCGUGGCCAACUUCUGCCGUAGCUGGACCUUCUAUCUGCUGCUCAUCAGCCAGCCAGCAUACUUCGAGGAGGUCUUUGGCUUCCCCAUCAGCAAGGUGGGGAUUCUCUCUGCAGUGCCCCACAUGGUGAUGACCAUAGUGGUACCCAUUGGAGGCCAGCUGGCAGACUACCUCCGCACCCAUAAGAUCCUGUCCACAACAGCUGUCCGUAAGAUCAUGAACUGUGGAGGCUUCGGGAUGGAGGCCACCCUGCUGCUGGUGGUGGGUUUCUCCCACACUCGAGGAGUGGCCAUCUCCUUCCUGGUGCUGGCCGUGGGAUUCAGUGGCUUCGCCAUCUCAGGCUUUAAUGUGAAUCACUUGGACAUUGCCCCUCGCUACGCCAGUAUCCUUAUGGGGAUCUCAAAUGGUGUCGGCACCCUGUCAGGAAUGGUGUGUCCACUCAUUGUGGGAGCACUGACCAAGAACAAGACGCGUCUGGAGUGGCAGCACGUGUUCAUCAUUGCAUCCAUGGUGCACUACACCGGCGUCAUCUUCUAUGCCAUCUUCGCCUCAGGGGACCAGCAGGAGUGGGCCGACCCUGAGAGCACCAGCGAGGACAAGUGUGGCAUCAUUGGUGAGGACGAACUCGCUGACGACAGCGAAGCAGGCUGCGACAGCUCCCUGGCGGCCUCGGCCAGGAAGAAGUCUUAUGGCGCCACGACAAUGGACCACGAUUCGGGACGUAAGCAAGGCUGGAAGAAGAAACGAGGGGUGACCACACAGGAAGAGGAGGAGGAGGAUGAGGAAGGCCAGUACCACUACAAGAACGGGAACUUUCAGGAACAAUAUCAGUGACACUGAGAGAGGAUAGUCCAUUGGAUUAUCAAUCAUUCACUCAGAAGAGUGGCAACAUUCAUCAGUAGACCCAUCUCACCAAGAUGAGUGAUUUUAGAAAGGACAUUUUUGCUGCUUCAAUGAAUUGACUUAUUUACAUAUUUAUGGCUGAAUUCGACUAUAUUUUACUCCAAACACAAACAAACCCAAUUCAUUUUGUAGGCAUCCUGAACACUGGAACUGUCUUUCCUGUAAAUUAGCAUGUUGAAUCCUGUGACUGAACAUGGUGCCAGAUAUGGUAAAGUCAGCUGACUUUCAAAGUCAAGCUUUGGCUACAGUUCUUGCUUUGCACAAGACUUUGAAUUAAGCAGCUGGUGAUUGAGAGAGCUGUGGUGUCAGUGAUGUACAGUUUGCUGGGAAUAAUGGCUCCUCACUGUACAUUACGUACAUUACUCCUCACUGUACAUUACAGUCACGUUUAAAUCAAAAUGCAGUAGAUUUGACUUAGCAGUUGAUUGUUGACUUGUGAUGUGUUGAUUUUUCCGUACCUCAGAAAGAGUUAUUUGUUUGUUUACUCUGUAGAAUUAAUUCAAGUAGUUGUACAUACCUUCUGAUUCAAUGUUGCAACUCAGAUUCACUCCUUUUUCUCAAAUCACAAAUCCCUUUUAUACAUCACUCAUAUUAAACCCCCUUAUAUUCAAAUAUUAUCACAGAAGGAGGGGGAAUAGCUUUUCUUAAACAGUCUGAAUGGAGACACGGAAACUAAUUCAGAGACUUUUAGUGGUUAGGAGAAUCAAAACUAUAUUAUUAUGGCAUAAAGUAUUUGUCUACACAGCUCAAUAUUCACUGAGAUUGUAGGACAGAGUUAGCAAACUGUGAGGGUCUGUCUUGGUGCUGACAAAGCAGAUGCACUUUUUUUAUUUAACAUUACUAAUUUGGCCUCCAUUGUGAAAAAACAUGCUGUACUUAGAUGCAUUUGAAUAGACAUUAAAUUGACGGAGUUAAGAAAAAAUCAGUAGGCUGUCAUGUGUGCUUUUGCUGAGGUAAAGGAGGUCAUACUCUCUUUUGGUGGGUAGAAUCAUUCGCCCCCACCAAACACAAUUAGUGUAAUACUAUUUAUUGUACAUAGGUACAUUAUGAACUAUUGAGGAAACCAUGUUCAGAUUCAUUAAAUAUACAUGAAAUAACACCUUGCAGCCUAAAGGGCAUGAUAUACUCCUGACAAUAACAGCAACAGAUUAUGGACCACCUGACCCUUAAGGCCACAGACAAUGUGGAAGUCGGCAGGUUAUUUAGUUUUCAUUUUUGGUAUUUUCCUGUUCAAAAGAAUAAUUCCUCUGUUAUUAUAACAACCGUGUUUCACCACAUCCCCAGCCCUCUUUGGUUGAAUCCUUCUCAAUUCUGUAUGAAGCGCAGUAGUAAGACUAGUGUGAGUAGUGCUGAAUGUUUUGUGUCAGCUAUGCAAUACAAGCCAUUUAGAUGGUGGAUGUGUGAAGUUGCCCAAAAGCACUGUUUAUCUCCGCUACAGAAAGCCCCUGGUUGUAAUGAACACUCCGGUUUCUCUGCCUUCUUAGCUUUAAGUGUGCUGUGGUGGACCUCCCAUAUGUUUCUGCUCGACUCUAUUCUGUGGACCCACCCAUCACACCCAUUGGCUCAUCAGGAGCAAACAAUCAUAUUCUUGUAUACUUAAUGGUGCUGUGACAGAGAAAUGUAAGACAGGAUAUUUAGCUUUAUCAUUCUAUGUGGGGGCCUGUCCACUGUUUUGAAUGUUUGACUAUUUAUUUAAUCGUUUACAUGACUGAAGAAUGAGUAAAAGGUGGUCAUCAGACCAUAAUGUGCAAUUA